AGAUAACUCUAAAAGGAAAUUGAACAAAAAUUGACAUACGUUUUGUCAGAUUCACCUGAUUUUGUGAAAUAUAAUAGAAAACAUGACCUCAAACGGGACUUUUAAAGCAGAAGAAGCAGAGGGUCAACCUCCAGAAUAUAAUGAGAGCCAAUAUAUAUCAAACACACAGUCGCCACCAUCUUAUACACAAGAUCAGACUCCUCCUCCUUCAUAUGAAUCUUUGUAUGGUAGAGUAAAGGCAGCCAAACAAAAAUCCACAUCAAAAGCUGGAUUCUUUGUUUCUUUCCUAGGAAUAUUGUUUGGGACAUUGGGCUGUACAGUAUGUCUUGGUUUAUUGCUGGCUUUACCCAUUGCAAUGAUAGCUAUUGGAUCUAUUUACAUCCAUGACUGCCCAGCAGAGAGGUAUAUUCCUAUUUACCUGAUUGUGGCUGGAAGUGUUGGUAUUAUUGCCAAUUUAAUGGGUUUGGGCAAGAAGGCAAAGAAUAGGAAUGAACAGCAGGAAGAACAGGAAAAUGUUAAAGGCAACCCAGUGGACUACAUCAUCAACUGUUUCCUGCUGGCCUGGUUCAUUGCUGGUAAUGUGUGGGUCUACAGAACUCAUGGUCACUUUUCUACGGAUGCAACACAAACAGACUAUUGCCAUCCAACAGUUUAUUGGUUUGCCUUCUGGGUGAUCACAUCAACCUACAUUCUUAUUGGUGUGAUCUGCUUAUUUGUCUGUGUCAUUGGAUGCUUUGCAGCUUUUACAUCUGACUGAUUCCAGUCUGAGUCUGUUAAGUGUUUUAUCUUGACACUGAUUAUUCUGGUUCUUUUGAGUGUUUUUGUAUCAUAUUUUUUAUAUGCCUUUUUGUAUAUAAUGGUUGAUAUACUUCAUAAUAAUUUAUAUUUCUAUUUAUUUAUUAACUUGUUACACAUUUUGCAAAAUUUAUUUUCUGACAUAUAGUUACUUCAAGAUGGUUGUUUAUGUUUUAGUUUUUACAAUAUCUUAGAUCAUGGACAGUGGAAUAUGGUACACAAGAAAAAAAUAUUCUGUUAUUUUAUUUGAAUUAAGCAAUUCUAAUUUGCUAUUAAAGACUUAUGGCCUGAAAACUCAGUUAUAUUUCGUAGUACAUUUAUUUUAUAUCAUUA